UUACUCAGCGUGUUAUUCUCGUGGUACCUUCGAGUGGAGAAUGCUGUAGGCGGGUGUAUAUAGACAUAACAUAAAAAGGUGACAUAAAGAAAAGGGAGUUUCCGGGUCUUUUGGGUGGACGUUGCAUUGAAAAAGGGGCGAAUUUACUACUUCGGUCAGUAGCCCACUCUGCAUGCCUGGAAGUGUCAGCGGUCAUAUCUACAGGGUUAAGCAAACAACUGCUGUUUAUUGAAAGUACUCCGCAGAUGGUUUCCCAUUGAGACAACGUAGCUCAUCGAAUCGAAAGCUGCACAAGCUCUGGAGAAGAAAAACAGAGGAACAUUAUGACAAAGCUCCAGCCCAGAUGAGCAGUGUUCCCUUUCCCUGCUUCACGUUUUUUUUUUUACAACUUUUUUGCCAUUAAAAUCAGAUAUGCCAGAUCAGUCUUUCUUUGGAUAUUUAAAUAUUUUACCAUCCAAAAGGAGAGUAAAUGAAUUCAGAUGUGUCAUCCCUGGUUCUCUUUGUCCAGCAAGAGAUUUUAGAAAGACCAAGAAGACAGAAGAAUUUUCUGGAAUUUAGACCCAUAUUACAGUGCAAGCAGAGAAUAAGCAGAACCAUGGUACAGUCUGAAUGCCGGCUCCUCAGGGGGCUGCUGGGUUUUAUUUGUCUAUUACCAGUCUGCAUGAGUGCAGCACCAGAUCUCUGUGUAUCUCUGAAAACAGUACGGGACAGCCUAAAUGCAACCCUAAGGAGACGUUUUAUGAAAAUGAACUUUCCCAUUAACUAUACUAUUCAAGUGCAUUAUGAAGAGGUAUUCAGACUACGUAACAUCAGCAGGCUGAAUAUGAGUAAUGAAGAGGAGCCAGUGCAGCAGAGAGAUCUACAGGAUUUGUGGCUUUGGGUUAGUCAGCAGGGGAUAAAGAGGGUUUUAAGGGUGCUGCCAGAGAGACAUCCUACACGCAGUAAAUACCUCUCCAAACUGGAGAAUCUCUUCAGACGUUUUGAGGAGCUUUAUAACCAAAAGAGCCCCAUAGAUGAAGAGAGAGUACUUCCAGAGAGAAUACAAAACAUCUGGGAUCGCUUGACAGACCAAUAUUACGAGGGAUGGAAGUCUGUUACACCCAAGUCAAUACUGGACAACUGUUAUCGGACCAUGCUUUGCCUGUUCAAAGAGUGCUUCUCAAAAGAGGACGACAAUUAUGAUUAUUGUGAAGUCCUCAACUGGAGGAAAGGAAAGAAAACUACAUAGCAGCAGAUCUAAACGGAUCUGAUCCUGUCUUCGUGUUGCUGGUGUAGGUGUAAAAGGGUGUUACCCAGUUUAUGUAGUGACACGCAGCAUGCUUGUGUGCCUCUUGUCCUAGUGAAGUCACUGACUGCCUCCAUCGGUGUUACCCAUAUGGAAAAAUGCAACGGCCGUCACACCAGUUGGAAGACACCCUACUGACCCUGCAGCUAUUGCUCUCCAUCAUUCAGAACAUUCAUACCUCCAUUCACCUGCCUGCCAACUUGCAUAUUUAUGUGGCAUUUAGCUAAUAUACAAUCAUGUAUGCACUGUGUGUGUGCUCUGUGGAGGAGAGCAGCUUUGACUCUUCGCUGUAGCAUUUACAAUUGGUAAUUCCAAAAAAGUCUUUGCCACUGUGACUUAUAUUUCUGAGGAAAAUCCAUAUUUUGUCCUUGAUGUAUGCCAAAACAGUGUAUUAUCAUUGCCACGUUGUAAAUGUUCUUGGUAAGAUUUAGAUAAGAUGUAUAAAAAACGUGGAGCUUCUUUUGUACACAUAUCAUUUGCAUGCAAAUGUUCUGCUGACUGCUGGCUUAGUCGGCAUUGUUGCUUUUACCCAGAGGCUCUUUACUUUGUGCUUUACUGCUGGUCAAAUGUUGAAAGAUUGCACCAAAGCAUGUCUAUAAAAAGUUUUUUUUAAGGUGAUCAAGAGGGUUUGAUAUCAAGUUUGCAUAUGUUUUAUACACAGAUUUUAAUCUAGGUUAUUUAUUUGGACUCUUGCCACAGAAUGUUCUGGUAACUUUUGUAACAUGGCUUGGAAAAUAAACCUCCCACUAUCA